UAUGUUUAUGCAUAUCGCUGCUGCAAUGUAACAGAAGUAAUAAAUGCUUUUGUCAAGAUGUCGCUGACAAGCAUAUUACCAGCGCCCACACAACCUGUGUGGGACAGGGACGAAGAACGAGCCAAACAGAAAAUACCUGCGGCAGCUCUAGUCGUCGCCAGUCCAACUGCACCUCCAUACGGACAGAGAAGAGGAUGGAUUCCAAGAUCUUUAGAGGAUUUUGGAGAUGGAGGAGCAUUUCCAGAAAUUCCAGUUGCACAGUAUCCCUUAAAUAUGGGAAGAGAAGGGAAAGAAAGCACCUCAAAUGCUUUAGCUGUACAACUAGACGCCCAAGGAAAAGUUAAAUAUGACGUAAUAGCAAGGCAAGGCCAUUCCAAAGACAAGAUUAUUUAUUCAAAAUUAACAGAUCUGCUCCCUGCAGAAGUUGUUGCAGAAGAUGACCCAAGCCUGGAGCGACCUAAUGACGACGAGAUACGGGAGACAACAGAAAAAACUAGGCUCGCUCUUGAAAGACUCACUCACACGAAGAUAGCAGCUGCAAUGCCCGUUAGAUGUGCAGAAAAGACAGGACCAGCCCAGUACAUUCGUUAUACUCCUUCACAACAAGGUGCUGCAUUCAAUUCAGGAGCUAAACAGCGUGUGAUUCGAAUGGUAGAAGCACAGAGAGACCCAAUUGAGCCACCAAAGUUCAAGAUCAAUAAGAAAAUACCAAGAGGGCCUCCUUCACCACCUGCACCCGUAAUGCAUUCUCCUACAAGAAAGGUGACUGUAAAGGAACAGAAGGAAUGGAAAAUACCACCGUGCAUAUCUAAUUGGAAAAAUGCAAAAGGUUACACAAUUCCACUUGAUAAACGUUUAGCUGCAGAUGGUCGUGGACUUCAACAAACACACAUUAAUGAGAACUUUGCCAAGCUAGCUGAGGCCUUGUACAUUGCAGACAGGAAGGCUCGUGAAGCUGUGGAGAUGCGAGCACAAUUAGAGAAAAAGCUUGCACAAAAAGAAAAGGAGAAAAAGGAAGAGCACUUAAGACAGUUGGCUCAGAAGGCACGUGAAGAACGAGCCGGAAUCAGAACACAGGCAGCAGCAGAAAAAGAUGAGGAGGCGAGGGAACGUGACCAAAUGCGUUAUGAAAGGCACAAGGAUCGCCAGCGGGAAAAGAACAUUGCAAGAGCUGCACCUGAUAAAAGAACGAAACUUCAACGAGAACGUGAAAGAGACAUAAGUGAACAAAUUGCCCUUGGUUUGCCAGCGAAAACCAUCUCUGGAGGUGAAGUGCAAUUUGACCAACGUUUAUUCAACACAUCCAAAGGAAUGGAUUCAGGUUAUGGAGAUGAAGAGAGUUAUAAUGUGUAUGACAAACCAUGGCGUGAUACUGGAAAUCUUGGUUCACAUAUUUAUCGCCCCAGUAGAAAUCUGGACAAAGAUGUGUAUGGUGAUGACUUAGAUAAAUUGAUCAAGACAAAUAGAUUUGUGCCAGAUAAAGAAUUCAGUGGUACUGACCGCAACGCAACAAGAAGUGGACCUGUACAAUUUGAGAAAGAAGAGGAAGAUCCAUUUGGUCUGGAUCAGUUUCUUACACAGGCUAAAAGAGCCAGUAAACGUCCAAAAGAAGACAGAGAUCGUAGGGAUGACAGGGAUAAAAGAAAACGAAGGGAUUAACUGCAGUGAACACAAAACAGAUAUCAAGUAUAGAUGUGGAUGACUAGCAAGUGUUAACAGUGCAUGAAAUGUAACUUUGUGGACAUAUUUGUUAGUGAUUUGGUGUACUCUGUGACAUUAUAAUUUGAUUUCAAUUAUUUCUUAUGAUGCAGAUUUCCUUAAAUUUCAUCUGAGUUGUUAACAGUGUAAUUGUUGUGGCUGCUGUACAUAUCACCAAUAUAUGAAUAGUCCAUAUGAUCACAGACUAAUAUGAAAAAUAUUUUUUAAUAAUAGAUAACAAAGCUAUUGUGUUCAAACAGCAAUAACAUUUUGUUUCAGUUACAGAUUAGUGUAGCACCUGUACAUAAAACUAUUUGUGGAAGCUAAUGGUAUAUUAGUUACCCAAAUGUGGCAGAGUUGAUGCAAAUGUCAUUGUAUGAUACUAAAAUGUUCAACUUUCAUAUAUGUUAUGAAUCGUACUGCAUUGUACAUUGUACAAAUACACUAAAAUGUGUAUUAUGUGCGAAGUAUCAUAAGUAUAAAAAAAAGGUUCAAGUGAGCACAAAUAACAGAAUAUUACCUGCCAGAGAAGGCUACUCUAGUUGACAUGUGGAAAGAAAUUGCGAAACCUUGUGUUCAACAUGAAUGAUAUUCAACAACAGACAGUUACAGAGUUAAUUAGUGUAGGGUUUGGCAAUUAUUGAAAAUGCCAUGAUUACUAUUACAUAUGUUUCUUGAAGUUGCUAAUGUUUGCACAUAAUUUAGUGACUGCUGGAGGCCAGCUUGUGACUGCAAAUGUUUAUGUUAACAGAUCUAUCUUCAUCCACCUCCCGCAGUUGUCUUUUAAAGAAACAUUUAGUAGCCAUAAAUUUGUGCAUGUUAUGAAAUAUAACAACAUUGAUAUCUUUUUACA